AUGCUUUGCCACACAUCGCUCAACAACAGCUUCGACACGAAAUCGCCCCGGAAUCCUGCACGCUUGCGUCUCAGCUGGGUAAAUGGUUUGCAUUUCGAGAGCUGGAUGAAGAGUUCAACAGGGCUUGCGCAGACGUACUUGCGGCGGGUUCCUUUGCCGGGUGACCUCGCGAGCCUUCUUUGGCGGGACCUGGCUCAGGGUUGUGUUAUCCUCUCACACCGCCUUCAGCAAGGACGGUCCUCUGCUGGUUUGCCCACGGAAUGUGAACCACAUGAACUUGAACUAUUGGGCUCCGAGUUGCUGAAGCUGUACAGGUUGCCUAAGCUGGAGAGCUUGUUGGCAGAGUUCGGGGCGUCACCGCUGUAA